GAUAAUUAUCCAUUUUCUAAAAUUUCAAUAGGCCGAAUUAGACGAUAAUCACCAAUUAUAACAGAAAGCGACAAAUUCCCAUCCAUAAAUCCCUUUUAUUUUCAAAAUGUAAUUUUCGACCACUUCAAAUCCUCGUAGAGCCGCUUGUUACCUCUCUCUCCCCUCCUACCAAACCCUUUUCUUUCUGCGCCUCUCUUUUUUCGCGUCCGAUUGUUGUUGUUUUCCUCCCAUUUCCUCCGGCCACCGUCUCUCCUCCGUUGCUGAAAUGGCUGCUUCUUCCACCCUCUGCCCUAAGCUUUCCGCAUCCGCCGCAGGCGGCUUUGCGUCUUCCUUCAACUGCCGCUCCGAUCCUUCCGGAAACCACCACCAGACGAGACCCGGCCGAUUCUCCUCCUCCUCACGAGUCAACUCCGUCGGUGUUCAUGGAUCUUUCCUCACGGGCGGUGGCGGCUACGGGAUGUCGUCGUCUCUCAUCCUGAGGUUCCCUCCCAAUUUCGUCCGCCAGCUCAGCAACAAGGCUCGCAGGAACUGCAGCAACAUCGGCGUCGCGCAAAUUGUCGCGGCAAAGUGGUCUGACAACUCAUCCACCGGUUCCGCGGCUGCGGCUGCGAACGCAGCCGCCGCCGCCUCUCCCGCAGUCCCCGCUGUCGAGGAGUCGGUCGAGCUGAUCGCCGGUGCCAAUGGACCGGUGGUUGAUGGGCUCGAUGGGAAAGGAGAUGUACAGGAUUUGACUAACAAGUUAACGUAUGGUUCGUUUUUGAGCUCCGAUGGAAGCAUCGCAGUUCAUGCUGGUGAAAGAUUGGGUCGCGGCAUUGUUACGGAUGCAAUUACAACUCCAGUGGUUAAUACUUCGGCCUACUUCUUCAAGAAAACUGCAGAGCUUAUUGAUUUCAAGGAGAAGCGCCAUGUGAGCUUUGAGUAUGGUCGCUAUGGAAAUCCAACCACCGCAGUUGUGGAGGAGAAGAUAAGUGCUCUUGAAGGAGCUGAGUCAACUUUGAUCAUGGCAUCUGGGAUGUGUGCUAGUACUGUCUUGUUAAUGGCCCUGGUUCCAGCUGGUGGACAUCUCGUGACAACCACUGAUUGUUAUAGGAAGACCAGGAUCUUCAUCGAGACUAUGCUGCCUAAGAUGGGAAUCACGGCUACAGUGAUCGAUCCUGCAGAUAUAGAAUCCUUGAAGAAUGCUCUUAAUGAGAAAAAUGUUUCACUUUUCUUCACGGAGUCUCCCACCAACCCUUUCUUGCGGUGUGUUGACAUUGAGCUGGUUUCAAAGCUUUGCCAUGAGAAAGGAGCAUUGGUCUGCAUAGAUGGUACCUUUGCAACACCUCUCAAUCAAAAGGCCCUUGCCCUUGGUGCAGAUCUAAUUUUGCAUUCUGCAACGAAGUUCAUUGGGGGCCAUAACGAUGUGCUUGCUGGUUGCAUCAGUGGUUCAAUGAAAUUAGUUUCAGAAAUUCGCAACUUGCACCAUGUUCUUGGCGGAGCUCUUAACCCUAAUGCUGCUUACUUGAUCAUUCGAGGCAUGAAGACACUGCAUCUUCGUGUACAGCAACAGAAUUCUACUGGACUGAGGAUGGCCGAACUUUUAGAGGCACAUCCCAAGAUAAGUCAUGUUUAUUAUCCUGGCUUGAAGAGUCAUCCUGAGCAUGACAUUGCAAAGAAGCAAAUGUCUGGCUUUGGUGGCGUUGUCAGUUUUGAGGUUGAUGGAGACUUGGAAACUACCAUAAAGUUUGUGGACGCAUUGAGAAUUCCGUACAUUGCCCCAUCUUUUGGAGGAUGUGAGAGCAUUGUUGAUCAGCCUGCUAUCAUGUCUUACUGGGAUCUUCCUCGGGCAGAGAGGGAGAAGUAUGGGAUUAGAGACAACUUGGUGAGGUUCAGCUUUGGAGUCGAGGACUUCAACGAUCUCAAGGACGACGUACUUCAAGCCCUGGCAGCCAUAUGAUCGUGAUGAGGAGGUUGUUCAUCCAGAAUGACUUCAACCGUGUUGGUGUUGAAGCUUUUAGGAAUACCUGGGAGGGCUUCGCAGUACUUUCCUCUUCCCGUUCUUCUGCUGUAUUCAUUUCCCGCGCCCUUGUUGCCAUGUCCCAUGUGUGGAUCCCUGUUUCAUUAUCCUCUAAUUGUCGCACUUUGUUUUCUUCUGUCGUUGGUAGUUGCUUGAUGGACAGAAACUGUCAUUUCCGUGAAACCUAUUAACAC